AUGGGAACGGCACUCAGCUGGCGUCCACUAACCAUGGCAAAUCCCAGUCAACUAGCUCGUCUGACCUUGCUAAUGGUGGAUAGACUUGUUGACGUUAUUACAAGAUUCAAUUUAUAUCUCAAUGAGUUAUUUCAACUAAAAGAGUACGGCUCUCUUGUGGAAUGGAAUCCUUCUGACUUUUCCUUUGCCACAAACAAUCAACUUCCAGAAAUAUUUCAAUACUUUGUGGAUCUGCAUAACUACAAGCUAAUUUGGGAUGAGUCCCUGUUGGAAAACUGGGAUAGUAUUCCAUUGCGUUUGCAAAAGAAGAAACUUCAAGAACGAGAAGCGAAACUUCGAGAGAAAUAUCCGUUCAUGGACAUUGUUCUUGAACGCAGUAGACAGCGUGAAUAUGACAUUCUAAAUUCCCUUGAAGAAAAUCCUACUGCUUCCCCGGAACCGGCAGAAGUCCAAUCUAAAGUCCAAUCUAAAGUCCAAGUCAAGAAAGCCAUUCCAGAAUCCGAUGAAGAAUCUAAUUCACCUUCUGCUCCAAAUUCAGAUCACGAAUCAAUAAGUUCUGUUGACCUUUCGGAUUUAGAUACGACUACGACAUACAAGCUCAAACAGGUGGUGUACACUAUUCCUCCACCCAUCAUCACCCAUCCAUCGCAUAUUCCAUCUUGGUCACCACAGGAAAAUGUAGAUCAAGCUAUUCAUGGUGAUAAUGAGACAUCGCAAAAUGUCUUAUCUUACAGUCCAGAACCAUUGCGGGUUGUAUCAAACCACAAAGAAACUCUCGCAGUCCCGGCUGUGGAAAGUAAAAAUUGA